CUGACAGGUGGCAACAUAGUUCAAAUUAAAUGCAACCAAGUGAAUAAAAUUCGUUUAAAGCCAGCAAUCAUCAAUAAAAGGCAAAUUAAGUAAUGGAAAGCAUGUGAGGACUUAGAACAUUUCCAUUCGCAAGCAAUUCCAUUCUACAGACAUAACAAAAGUGUGAAAUAAAGAGAAAAUAUGUCUGUGAAUUUUUCUAGUUCCGAUAGUGAAGUAAUUGACAAACAAGUUGAUAUUCAGAUAGAUAAGAAGAUUAAGCUAUCAGACAUUUGGACAGGAAAUGACUUAAAUCGGUGCAUCAAGUUUAUUCGAGAGAAAUUUCUCACAAAAAUAUGUUUACAAUUUUCUGAUGAUAUUCUGCAUUUAGCUGUAAAAAUCGAGUCUGAACUAGCAAAGCAUGUUGAUUCCAGUAUAUUCAUUCUUGCUGACACAUCCUAUGGAUCAUGUUGCAUUGACGAAAUUGCAGCAAGUCACAUGCAAGCUGACGGAUUGAUACAUUUUGGACAUGCUUGCCUUUCAAAAGUUACUCGUUUACCAAUCCUAUAUAUAUUCCCUAAGAAUGAAUUAGCUGUAGACAAAUUCAUUGAGUGCUUUAGUUCCAAAGUUCCAGACAAGAUGGAAAAAGUCUGUAUAUUCUAUGACGUUGGAUCAUAUCAUGUUAUCGAUGCUAUUGCGAACAAACUGAAUCAAUUAAACUAUAUAAAUAUCGAUAUAGGAAAGCUUGCCGAGUCUGAGGAAGCGGAUGUGCUGUGUUGGUCACUAAAGAACAAUCAGAGCACGGAAAAUUACAUAUGCAUUUAUAUAGGCAAGGAUAAUCAAUCGUUCUUUAAUAUUUCCAUGGGUAUUAAGUGCAAAAAGUGGCUUUUAUUUGACAUAACGAUCAAUAGCUUAAAAGAAAUGCAGUCUAUGGACACAAAGUUCCUCAUGAAACGAAGUCAUUAUAUUGAAAAAUGUAAGGAUGCGCAAACUCUUGGAAUUGUUGUUGGUACGCUUACAAUGAAAGGCUAUUUGGAUAUAAUCAAGCAUAUUCAGGAUCUGGCUAGACGAAGACAUAUUAAGACAUACAUUUUCUCAGUCGGAAAGAUUAAUUCAGCUAAAUUGGCAAAUUUCUCAGAAAUUGACUGCUUCGUACUUGUUGGAUGUUCGGAAAAUAAUCUCUAUAAUUCUAGAGACUUCUAUAAGCCACUUAUAUCUGUUUUUGAGGCAGAAAUGGCAUUAAAUCCUGCUUGGUCGAAUCAAUUUCCGGACACAUACAGCACAGACUUCCGUGAAAUGCUACCAGAAGGUAAGCUUUAUCGAUCAUCAAAUGAAGCGUCUGUUGUCAAUUCCGAUGUAUCGUUAAUAACUGGAAAAUUGCGAUAUUUAAGUGACCAAAAUGAUGAGGAAGAGACUAAUGUCAAUAAUGAUGGUACGGUCAUGGAAACGGGAAAUAAUCAGCUGAGUGAUAUCGAUUCACUCAAUAAAUUUCAGGAAAGAACUUUCCAAGGUUUGGACAUGCGAUUAGGUCAAGAUGGUGCUGCUAAAGUUGAAAUGGGACGUAAAGGAGUCGCAAUGAGUUAUAAUGAAUUAGAUUUUUAAUUUAUAGUAAUAUGAAUAAGUUUAAUUCCACUUUAUUUUAAAAAUUUCAAUAAAAAAUUAUGCUUAAUUCUAGCAAAAUCAAUCGGUUUUCUGUAUUUCAAAUUAUUGAACUUUUUUGGGUUCAAUUUUAUUUUACAGCAUAAAUUUUCACUUUCCUUUCUUUUCCUUCUUGCCUUUCAUUAAAGGAACCUGAAAAGUAGCAUCUUUGUCCAAUUUAGCUACAGUCUUAAGCAUGAGCAGGUCUCCUUUUGUUUUACAUCCAAUGACAAAUGCAAACUUUACCAACUCUUUCUUUGAUAAAUUAACAGAAUCGAGAAUGUCAUUAAGGCUUACUUCCAAUGAAUCGGAACUUAAUAGGGUCAAGAGGAUAUAGAAUACUAUUGAUUUUUGUCUAGUGAAAUUUGAUACCUGUUUUGAGCCAGCAAUGAAGAAUUUCUUAUUUAUAUCCUGUGCUAAUUGAUUCGAGAACUUUGUAAGUUCUGUUAAAUUGACAAACUUUGAUUUGGCAUUAAUUAAACUAAUUAGCGAUUCAGCAUAAAUGAGCAUUGCCAUUUUCUUUAAAUUGUCAUCCGAUUCCGGUACUUUUGAGUUCUGAACUGUUAUUACAGCAUUUUUAAUGAAUUUAUUUGUAAACGGCAAGUUCUUUGACUCAAUAUUAAGGAUGUCUAUAGCUAUUUCUGAUAAAUGCUCAAUCAUUUCAUCACCAAUUAAGUUGCUGACUGUGAAAAUUUCCCGUACACUUUUGCCUUCCGUUGACUCAAGAUUAAUUUUUGGAAAAAUGUAGUCACGGAACUUAGUACGGUCUUCUUGUGACUGUCCUAAAAUAUCAUUUUCAAAGAACUUGUCUGUGUCUACUGAUGUCAUCAUCUUAUCGACUGUAUCUUCAAGAAUUGAUGAAUUAACUUUAGUUCUUAGACUUCUUUCAAACGCAAUUGCUCCUUUCUUGCCUGCAAACUCCUUUGCUAAUAUUUUUGCAGUAUCCAAAACAUUAUUUUCGAAACUGGAUCUUGUAUCAUCAUACAGUACAUGCUUAAAUGAUGCAUUUUCAACCUGAAUUAAGUUUAUUUCCUUUGUCUUUCUAUUGUGAAUUGCUAUGUAUGUAUCCUGGAAUUCACUGCCUGCAUUUGAAAGAUCUGACUUGUAGACAUUUGAUUCUGUUGCUAUUAAUGCAUAUUUACUUCCAUCACUCGUCGUUGCUACUCGUUUACAUACAGCUUGAUUUGCAAUUUC